AUGUUUUCUGCACAUAGAGGCACUGGUGGGCUGGUACUAGCUAAAAUAUGAGUGACAGCUCUUAGAUUUUUCUAUGGCAUGACCACUCUCAGCAAAGGUUUUUCCUCGCUGAUGCGGAAAUUAAACGUGGGGGAGCAAUAGAGAGCAGUAGAAAAAAUGGCGGCGCUUAUAAAGGCCGUGCAAGCCACUAAAAGUAUGAACGGCAUAACAAAACUUUUUACGAAUCUAUCUUUGACACCAAGUGUUAUCGCUCCUCCCAAACAUGCAUUUCUUCGUAGAACACCAGCUUUACACUGUGCAUUUGUACAUCUCACAUCGGAACGCCGUGAUUUGAUGGAGUUCUUUGACGACCCAAAGAAUUGGGGAAAAAAUGAGGUGCGAGUUGGUCGAUCCUGGAAGAAAGAUGAAUUGAGAUUAAAAAGCAAUUCGGAUCUCCACAAAUUAUGGUUUGUAUUAUUGAAAGAACGUAACAUGCUUAUGACCAUGGAAGAAGCAUGUAAGGUUGCAAAUCAAAUUUUCCCAAAUCCCGAACGUUUAGACAAGGUUCAAGAUAGCAUGAAUAACUUGGAAUCAGUUGUUCGUGAAAGAAAUAGAGCAUAUCAUUUGCUCGAAACUGGUGAGACAGGAGAACGUCCUGGAAAAUUGACCUAUAAUUGUUUAGGUUUAAGGUUUUAUUAUCGAAUGCGUCAACAUAGUAUUCCAAAAUUUGUGAACACACGAUGGCAUAAGACACACUUGUUUGGUUAUGGCGGAUAUGCAACUCGGAAGUUUCUACGCUUGUACAGGGAGCAACUUUGGAAUAAAAAACGCAAAGCAAGAACACGUGAGAGAAAUCGUGUUGCAAUGUUAAUGAGAAAAUUCCCAAAUAUGGAUCUCGAAGCUGUGAAAGAGGAGUUUCCAAAUGUUGAUAUAGAUAAAGUAAGAACCUCCAAAAGAGCAAGAGGUCAUACUGUACCUGAAUAAGGUGCAAUUUCUGUUAAUAGCAAAUUAUCGAAUAUCUGUUGUAUUUGUAAAUGUAAGAUACUCAAUUGCUAAUAGAUAAAUUUACAUAUA